CUUAGCACUGGGCCUAUUAGCACCAUGUCACACUCAGUACUAUUACUGGGGGUGCUGAGGGCUGGAGGGAAGAGAGGGCAACUCAGGGUGAACACACUCCCUUACCUGUCCUGCCAAAGGUCAUCAAGUCCCAAAGACGUGGAACUGGGGGUCAGGCAGCCCAUGGCAAACCAAAUCUUCCAGUUCAACAUCUCGGAGCUGUCAAAGGACACGGGGGCCCUGAAGGAGACCUUCGAGGCGGGGAACCUGCCGGCAGUGGCCGCCAAGUUGCAGGCCACACUCCACUCGCUGGAGGACGUCAGGCUGGACAUUGGCGUUACCGGGGCAAUAGGCUCAGGCAAGUCGACCUUUGUCAACGCCAUCCGGGGGCUGGGAGAUGAGGACCCCAAGUCGGCCGGCACGGGUGUGGUAGAAAUGACCGUGGAGCCCACGCCAUACCCGCACCCCAAGUACUUCAACAUCAUCAUCUGGGACCUGCCGGGCAUAGACGCGCCCACUUUCCAGGCUGACGAAUACCUCCAGCGGGUGCUGGUGGACCGUUACGACUUCUUCAUCAUCAUCACCCCAGACAGCUUCACUGCCCGCCACGCCCAGCUGGCCCGCGGGCUCCUGCAGCAGGGCAAGGGCUUCUACUUCGUCCGCUCCAAGGUGGACGUGGACCUCGCAGCCUCGCGCAGCCGCCGCCCCAGCACCUUCUCCGAGCAGAGGGUGCUCAGGCAGAUCCGGGAGGACUGCUGGCAGCGGCUGGAAGCGGAGGGCCUGCAGGACCCCAAGGUCUUCCUGCUGUCCAUGUUUGAGCUGGGCAAGUACGACUUCGGCCUGCUGGAGGAAUCGAUGGUGACGGGAGUGGAGAGCCACAAGCAGCACGCACUCCUGGUGGCCCUGCCCAACCUCUCCGAGGCCAUCCUAGAGAAGAAGGCGUCCUCACUGCGGCAGCACAUCUGGCUGGUGGCCACAGUGGCCUGUGGCAUCAACUCAAGUCCUGUGCCAGGAGUACAGGAUGUGGCGUGUGACCUCUACCGGCUCAUCCACGCCCUAGAAGGCUACUACCACAGCUUCGGCCUGGACGAGGACUCCCUCGUGAAGCUGGCUGCGCAGAUGGGCCAGCCCCUGCACAGGUUACUGGAGGCGAUACAGGGCCCGAAGACCCCGGUCACCAAGGAGCUGGUGGUGGACAUGCUGGGCCAGGCCUCCAGGGAUGCCUCUGCCUUCACCCAGGAGCUCCUCAAUGUGCCUGUCCUGGGCGCCCUGGCCACCUGCGGCAUCUCCUUUGCCACUGUCUACCAGAUGCUCCGCUUGUCCCUGGACGUGGCGGUCGAGGAUGCCCACAUGCUGAUACAGACCUUCCUACACAUCACUGAGAACAGGCUCUCAGAGAAUUCCAAUCAAUAAUCCCAGCCCCCAGCCCAGGCCAGCUGGAGGUGGAAGAAAGGGCUGGGAGGCACAGGCUCUGUCUGUCUCCA